AUGAACUCCAUCUUGCACACUUGCACACACUCAGAUAAUGACACAUUGACGAGAAUGACCGAUGACCAAAUGUAUGCAGCAAUAUUUAACUAUAUUGACCACUUGUUCGACAUCAUAAAACCCAAAGAGGUGUUCUAUAUGGCCAUCGAUGGUGUUGCUCCGCGGGCUAAAAUGAACCAGCAGAGAUCUAGACGAUUCAGAACUGCGUACGAGGCCGAGGAGAACUUGCGAAAGGCCAUUUCUCAGGGAGAGGUUAUUCCAAAAGAGGACCCUUUUGACUCUAAUGCCAUUACUCCAGGUACUGAGUUCAUGGCUAAAUUGACCAACAAUUUGAAGUAUUUCAUCCACAAGAAAAUCACCGAGGACAACCGCUGGGCAAAUAUCAAGGUCAUAUUAUCGGGUCAUGAGGUGCCAGGUGAAGGUGAACAUAAAAUCAUGCAAUUCAUUAGAUCGAUGAAGUCACAGGAUGACUACAAUCCAAACUUAAGGCAUUGUAUCUAUGGUUUAGAUGCCGACUUAAUUAUGUUGGGUUUGGUUACGCACGAUCCACAUUUUUCUUUGCUUAGAGAAGAGGUUGUCUUUGGCCCAAGCUCCAGAAACAAGAGUGGCGAUAUUCAUGAACAAAAUUUUUAUUUGUUGCAUUUGUCCUUAUUGCGGGAAUACAUGGGCUUAGAAUUCCAGGAUUUAGAAGGCGAAUUGCCUUUUGAAUACAGUUUUGAGCGUGUGUUGGAUGAUUUCAUUUUGAUUAUGUACGUCAUCGGUAAUGAUUUCUUGCCUAACUUGCCUGAUUUGCAUAUCAAUAAGGGUGCAUUCCCAUUCUUGAUCGGUGCCUUUAAAGAGAGUUUGAAGCAUAUGGAUGGUUAUUUGAAUGAGGGAGGAAAAAUAAACUUCAAAAGAUUUGGCACCUGGCUUGAGUACCUUUCGGAAUUCGAGUUGGAGAACUUUGAAAAACAAAACGUUGAUGCAGAAUGGUUCAAUAAGCGUUUGGAGCUUAUUUCGAUUUCUGGAGAGAAAAAGAGAGAACGCUCAGGCAAAUUGUUGAUGUUGAAAGAUGAGAAAAAAUUAGUGAGUAUCCUCAAGCCUUGGUUAUUAGAAACUGGAGUUCUCCCCAUCUCCCAACUUACCGAUUUGGCAAAUAAAGAUGCUUUGCCCACAUGCAGCUUACCAUCAGACUUGGCCAAGGCUCAUAUGGAAUUUCUUAAGACUUUUGCAUUGGAAACAGGCAUCCUUAUUGUUCACUCGAGAUCUAAUGACACUUACGAGGCAACGAUAGAUGUGGAUGGUAUUUCACCUUAUGAGACAGAAGAUGAAUUCAAUGAGCGUGUUGUUAAUUUGAGGAAGACGAUAAAAAACUACCAAUCUUCGAAUUUGGUUGCCACAGAAGAAACAAUGAAAGAGGCCAAGGACUUGUACGAUGAGAAGUUUGUGAGAGCGAAGGAUGAAUACUACAAAAAGAAAUUGCAUUUUUCUAUCCACGACGAGGAAAAGAUGAUUGAAUUUACUAGACAUUAUCUUGAAGGUUUACAAUGGGUCUUGUAUUAUUACUACAAAGGUUGCGCUUCGUGGAACUGGUACUUCAGAUACCACUAUGCUCCUAGAAUUUCUGAUGUUGCAAUGGGCGUGAAGGACAUGUUGGAGAAGAAUCAAGACGAAAUCCACUUUGACCUUGCUACGCCGUUCAAACCAUUUGAGCAAUUGAUGGCAGUUUUGCCAGCUAGAUCUCGCAAAUUAAUGCCUGACGUGUACAGAUCUCUAAUGACGGACGAGCAUUCUCCUAUUAUUGAUUUCUAUCCUCACGAGGUUGAAAUUGAUCUCAACGGAAAAACAGCGUCAUGGGAAGCUGUUGUUUUACUUAGUUUUGUUGACGAAAAGAGAUUAUUGGAAGCCUUGAAACCAAUUGAAGCAAAAUUGACUCCAGCAGAAACGAAAAGAAACAGUUAUGGCCAAGACGUCAUCUUCAUCCGGAACCCGCAGAAUGAUAAUGUGUAUCCGACACCAUUGCCUGGGUAUUUCCAGGAUCUCGAGCACGACCAAUGCUACGAAGAAUUUUUUACCUUACCUCCGGUUGAUGCCAACUUUAAAUUCGAGUUACCAGAAGGUGCUAAAUUGGGUAAAGAAGCAUUGGCGGGCUUCCCUACUUUAUACACUGUUCCGUUUGAAAGUAAAUUAGCUUUGGCCGAAGUGAAGAUUUUUAACUUCCCAUCUAAGUCUGAGAGCAUGUUAUUAAAAGUUGGUAAUAUGUGGGAAGAUAUUUCGAUUAACCAGUUUGCUUACAAGUUUUUGGGUAAGGUCGUCUAUUCCAAAUGGCCCAACUUAAUUGAGUCUAGAGUCACGCAAGUAUGGGGUCUUGAAUCCAAAUUUGAGUAUGUCAAGUCAGGUGCUGGAAGACGUGUGGUGGCAACACCUUUGUCUCCUGAGGAGAACCGUGAAUUCCUGGCUAUCAAAGGGAACUUGAAGCUGAAAUACGAGAAGACUAAGGGGGUAAUCUUGAAAAAAAUUGAGGCUGUGGUAUUUGUCCAACAUGUGAAGGGCUUGGUGAGAACCCAAAAAGGUGCGUACGUCAAAUCCUUCCAUGAUGAAGCGGAUGUUUUCCCAAUGCAAUUGAUUGUGGAAAAUGUUGUCAACGAGGACGAAAGAUAUGCUUCUAGACCCCCUGUUCCUAUUGAGGAAGAAUUCCCUAUCGGAUUACCAGUUGUCUUUUUGGGUGCUUUUGCUUAUGGUGCACCAGCAAUAGUUAUGGGCUAUACGGGUGAUAAAUUGAAUGUUCUGAUUCAAAAGAUUCAAUCUGCUUUGGAACCAGACAUCGGAAGAAAAAGAUACAACAUCGAAAAUAAGGAAAUUCCCUACGUGGCAUCUUAUGAUGCUGCAAAGAUUUUGGGCAUCAAUGGUCUUCUCUUGUCCAAGAUCACAGGAAGCUUUAUGUUAAGAGACAGGGGAAUGAGCAAAGUGAACAUCGGGUUGGACUUGAAAUUUGAUGUUCGCCGCUUGAAGGUGCUAGGCUAUACCAGAAAGAAUGGAAAAUUCUGGGAAUACUCGCCCCUUGCCAUUGAUUUGAUUAAAGAGUAUAAAUCGAAGUUCCCUAAAGUCUUUGCCCAAUUAUCAAAGCUUGGAUCUCGCAGAGAUAUGCCAUCGACAUCAGAGAUCGGUAGCCCAGAAGAAUUGAAGCAAAUUGUUCAGUGGUUGAAGAAAGCUAAGUCUGGCUUAGUUCAAGUAUCCUUGGAAUCUAGUUCGUUGACUAAAUUUAGUAUUGCUGCGAUAGAGACUUACAUGGAUAACUACAUCACCCGGCCUUUGACUUUGGACCUGAAGGAUGUGAAGGCAGUUCCAAAGGACGCGGUUAUCAACCCAAGUACUUCUUACAGCUUGUUGCAAAAUCAACGGUUUACACUCGGAGACAGAAUCAUUUAUGUUCAAGAUUCAGGAAAGGUGCCAAAGCUUUCCAAGGGAACAGUUGUCGCGAUUACCACUGUGGGAAGCAAGACUUCUUUGAGCGUUGUUUUCGACCAUCCUCUUGUCACAGGUAACAAUAUGAAUGGAAAAUUGAAGAGUAACAGGGGUCUUAUAAUUGACUCGUCGCUUGUGUUGAAUAUCACCAAUAGGCAAUUGGUGUACCACUCUAAUGCUUCUAAGGGAAAGAAGACUCUCAGUGAUGCUGAAAGAGCGGCUCUUUUGAGUAAGAAACAGGCAGCAGACCGGGCUGUCAAAGAAGAAAACCAUAAGACCACAAACGAGUUGUUGGCUUUGUUGAAUAAGUCGGCAGACAAACGUGGUGAUAAGGGUUCGGACAAGGGCUCAGAGAAUGGAGUAGAUAAAUCUGCGCCAAAAUCAAACGUGGAAAAAGAGAAGGAAUCACAAAGCGUGACUGAUGAUGUUCGCACAAAUCCCACCACAAUAAAACAGAUUUAUGGUCAGAUUUACUCGAACAUUAUGAACCAGGGAGUUGUUAUGCCCGGGAUGGUAGAGGUGCCUCCAUAUGCGGCAUCUCAAGGUAUGCAAAUGCCCCACGGGCCAGUACCUCAAGGUAUACCUGUCCCUCAGGGUAUGCCAAUGCCAGGUAUGCCAGUUCCUCAAGGCAUGCCAGUACCACCUGCGGGAUUUCCGCAACCUAUUUUCAAACAGGCACCCAAUCAAGUACUGAAUGGAUCCGAAACAGUUUCUGAAGAUACUCCUUCGAAUGAUCGGACUUCAGGAAACUCCAGGGGUGGUCGUGGUGGAUCUCGCGGUAACAGAGGAUCUUACAGAGGUAGAGGUCGUGGUAGAGGCAGAGGCCGUGGAGGAAAGCCACAAAAUUGA